AUGAAAGCUCUCGUGGCAAGCCGAUCUCUGCCAAGGCAGAUACUGAAUCUCGCUUCCGGCUCUUCAUUCGGCCAAUGUGCACGAGUCAGGGACCUCCCGACUCCCCAAAUCGCCGACAGUGAGAUCCUGGUUCGAGUGCAAUAUGUUGCCCUCAACCCAAUAGACUUCAAAUACAUCGACUUUCUUGCUCCAAAUAAAAGUGUCAUCGGCUGCGAUUAUUCCGGGGAGGUGGCCGAGGUUGGGAAAGCCAUGGCGGGCCGUUGGAAAGUCGGAGACAAAGUAGCCGGCUUUGUUCAUGGUGGCCAGUACCCUGACAUCGGCUCGUUUGCUGAGUAUUUGAAAGUCGACGGGGAACUGGCCUGGAAGCUACCUGAUGAAAUCAGUCAUUCCGAGGCUGCAACAUACGGAGUCCCAGCAGCUACCGCCGUGCUUGCACUGUCAUAUCUUGAUAUCUCCUGGGAAGAUAUUUCCACGGGUUUAAAAGCAAACUCGUCUGAAAAAACGCCGAUUCUGGUUUACUCGGGUGGUUCUAAUGUGGGAUUGUUCGCUAUCCAAUUGGCCAAACGGGCAGGUCUUCACGUUGUUGUGACAGCAUCUCCACGGUCCUUCGAUCUUGUCAAACGUUAUGGUGCAGACGCCGUAUUCGACUACCAAUCACCUUCCGCAAUCAGUGAAAUUUCCAAAGCCUAUCCCAACAUUACUAAAGCUUUGGACUGCUUUUCAGAAGGCAAAUCUUCUCAAUUCUGUGCGGAGGUGCUGUCAAAGGGGAAAGUUAUAGUAUUGCUUGAUCAAGGCAAGCCGAAAAAGUUGGACAUUGAGUACAAAUUCCUCAUGGUUUACACUGUUUUUGGUCGUCAAUUCUCUUUGCUGGCACCAUUGGGUCCAGUGUUUCCGGUUGUACCCAACGACCACAAAGUUCUAAGUCAGUUUUAUGCUGAUCUAAGCCGAUUGUGCCAUGAUGUGAAGCCACCACCUGUUACAGUCACAAGCGGAGGAUUUGGUGGGAUAUUGGAAGGCCUUGAAAAACUUCGCAAAGGAGAAGCCCGGGGCACCAAGCUUGUUGUAGAGCUUUCCCAAUAA